UCCGUACUGAACUCCCAGAGGGAGUAUGUUGUGUUUCCUCCUGUUCUUUAUCAAAGUCCCCAAAAUAAGCAGGAAUGGGCAGUGACUAGGCACAGUCUCUACACACCUUUUUCCAUGGAGUAAUUAAGGCCUGCCUCAGAGUGAGAGAGCACUCCCUGCCCAGCUGUGUAGGGGAGAGCUGACAACACCACCACCACCACCACCACCACCACCAAGCAUGAAGCUCCUGGGGAUUGCUGCCUUUUUCCUAGCUGUACUCUGUGUUUGCACUGUAGGAGAUGGUGCUCUAAUCAGUCACAUCAAUGCAACCACAUCUACACCAACAACAAAACCUGUAAUGGAAGCUGUGAGCACAUCAGCUUUACAAUCAACAUCAUUGCAAAUGUCAGUGCUGACAACAACUGAAAACAGAACUACAAAUGAAUCCAUCACAAGUGACUCCAUAUCUUCUUCACCUAAUGCUACACAACAAAUAACACAAGAUACAACAACACAACUACCAGUAAAAGCGACGACUACAACAGCAGAAAAAAGUGACAGCACAACAAACACUACACAAGCAAGUGUAACACAAUUGACACACAACGAGAGUUUGGAUGCUUCAUCUACUAAGAGACAGUCUUUUUCAUCUACAAUCUCUCUACAAAAAACCACUUCUGCUCCUGGAACCUCAGGCCUUCAUGUGAGCUCCCCCACAGAAUCGACAACUGUUGGCAGUACUGGAAGCAGUUCUGGAAACAAGAAUGCGGCAGGGAGUGAUAUCCACUAUUCUAGUGUUAUCUUGCCAAUUGUCAUUACCUUGAUAGUCAUUACCCUCUCUGUCUUCUCGCUGGUGGCUUUGUACAGAAUGUGCCAGAAGAAAACUCCAGAGAGACAAGAGAACGGCACUGAACAGGCCCAGUCAGAUAAAGAAGGAGUCAAACUUCUUUCUGUGAAGACAACUUCUCCUGAGACUGUUUUUGUAGAAGUGCGUGAUAUAUAUGAGGUUGGCUUCUCACUGCCCUCUGCCAAUCUAUCUGAGCCCACAACUCCUCCUCCAUCAGGAGAGGUGUCACAAGGCAGGACCACAGGUAAAGGGGGUCACGUUGCACUUGCAACUCUGCAGUUGACAGCGCUUUAACUGCACCAAAUACUUUCUUCCAGUUCCCUUCGUCUCCCUCUUUCUGCAGUUCACUUAUUUACUUAUCAAAGUAGACAAAUGUGCACUGAAUUUUCAACCCGUUAUCAGAAAAUUAUUGCCAUAGUACCUAUCAGAUUGGAUCGACCAAUACCUUUAUGCAAGAUGCUGUAUAACUAUAUUGUGAGAAGCUGAUGGCUCAAGUCUUUCCUGAUACUUUCCAACUCCAAGUGUACAACACUAGAGUUUGUGUGUCAUCCUCCCCUAAAUGCAUAAUCCAGAAUCCACAAAAGCCCAUUUUUCUCUGAUGAUGUUGUCCAGCAGUUUUGCUCUUUUUGGUAUAUUUUGCAUAACUAUACCCUUUCUCUCUUGAGGACAGCCUUCAAAGCAUGCAGGUAAUCUAUCUAGACAGGUUGAGCACUGCCACUGCUCUGCGUAUUUUUUCCAUCUGCAAACACAGUUCAGUGUGAAAUAAUUUCUUCAGUAGAUUAAAAUGUCAUCUGUUCUAAUGAAAUACUAAACACAAGUAUUUGUUUUUCAUUUCCUUUAUGGGAAGCAAGGUCUAAUCCAUUGUUUUUAGUGGGUGAUGGUUUGGGGGCAAGUUUGUUUUUUUUGCAGUCUUGGAAUUUGUUUCUGUCAGUUAAGGCUAUUUUGAGAUCAAUAAAAAUGUCUUCCCACUUGCAACUAACCUGAAUGUUCUUCCUAAUUUGCUCUUUGUGUUGCAGCUGGAUAUUUAGCACAACAUCAAACUGCUAAGCCAUUACACUCCAAAAUUGUUCUAGACACCUCUCUGUGCAGUCUCAAGGCGCACUGUAGCCCUGUAUCUAAACCCAUGUGUUACCCUUAUUACUCUUGAACAGAGAGCAUCUGUGUGACCAUUUCUUCUCCAUUGUAUCAUCAUUCUCUCUUCAUCACUGAAUUGUUAGUUGCCACUAACGAUUGCAGACCCUAUAAUGCAAAUAUCUUCAGACAUAUAUGCAACCAUGGAGUAGAGAGAACUUGGUUUUCUUUCAGAAUUCUUGCAGGCUCCUGCUUUCUCGGGAGCCCAGUGGCAAAGCAACGCAGAGCAUCCCUGCCUGCGUUGAGCCUCAUCGGGCAAUCGCUGAUAUUAGAGCGGGAUGUUGACCCCAGCAAUAGUUUGUGGCAGUUCACUCUUUCAAGGGAUUAUGCGUAUAGCACCAGGAAAUCUAGAUAGGGCAUGUGAGUGUCUAUCAGUCAGUGCUGCAGAGUCAGGGUCUGCAGUAAGGCAAAUUCACCUCUCCUGUCCCGACUGCUGCUGUCGACAGGUACCACUCAACCAGUCUGCCUCCUGCAGCCAGCACUGCCUCACCCAUUUCAUACUCUGAUCCAAAGCCGAUUGACAUCAAUGGGAAGUUAUCCAGGGAGCUAUGCUGGCUCUGGAGCCUCUCCUUAGACAUGUUAUUUUCCUGUGGUGCAAAGUAUCAGUCUUCCAUGUAGGUCUGCCUAAUUUCUAGCGUAGGCAGAGCAACCAGCUGAGAGUGGAACUGAUAACAAAGUAUUGAUAUUUAUUACAACUAUUGAAUAUUAUCUUCUCCAUGGUAAUAUAUUUCUCAAUGAAUUUCUCCUACACCUUUUUUAAACAAUCGUGCCAAUUUCUCCCUUUUGUGCCUUAUUAAAUCUUCUAUUUCUGUAUAUUGAACAAGGAAGGUAAAGACAUGCAGAAGGAAGAAAUAAUAAAGGAAGAAAGAAAUAAAAAUAAAUUUAAAAAGAAAUGAGAGUUCUUGAAAAUCUCAUUCCUUUGUUAGUACAAAACUAUACAAUAUUUGCACUGGUUCACUUUAU